ACGGAGAGCCCUCGCUCGCUGCGGCUCGCCCCCCAUCCCUCCCCACCGGAUUCCGCCGCCUCCGUGUCCAUCACCACCACUGCCGCCUCUCGCCUCGAAACCCUAAACCCCGCCUCGCGCGAGCUCUCGCCCAUGGAGAACCCCAGGCCCCAGGCUCCCGCCCCCACGCCACCCAUGGCCCCGCUCCCCGUGCCCGUCCACCCGCCCAUCGCCCCCAUCCCCGUCCCUCCUCCCCGCGCGCCCGCUGCCGCGGCCUCCACCUCCGCUUCCGGGGGCGGCGAGGCCGGGUACGAGGUCUCGGACGACCACCGUGCCGCGCGGGAGCGCCACGAGCGCGCGGUGCAGGAGCUCCUCCAGCGGCGCCGCGCCUACGCCAUGGCCGUGCCCACCAACGACUCCGCCGUGCGCGCGCGCCUCCGCCGCCUGGGAGAGCCCAUCACGCUCUACGGCGAGCGGGAGAUGGAGCGCCGCGACCGCCUCCGCGCGCUCAUGGUCCGCCUCGAGGCCGACGGCCAGGUCGACCGCCUCCUCCGCGCGCAGGAGGACGACCAGGCCGCUGCGGCGGGCGCCGGCGAGGAGGACGAUGAGCAGAUCCAGUACCCCUUCUUCACCGAGGGCACGCAAGAGCUGCUCAAGGCGCGUGUCGACAUCGCGCAGUACUCGUUGCCCCGCGCCAAGGCCAGGAUCGAGAGGGCCAAGCGCCGUCACGACGACCCCGACGAGGACCCGGAGGCGGAGGCUGACCUCGUCGUGAAGCAGGCAGGGGAGUUUGUACUCGAGUGCAGCGAGAUUGGAGAUGACCGCCCGCUCACCGGCUGCUCCUUCUCUCGCGAUGCGUCAAUGCUCGCCACAAGUUCCUGGAGUGGAAUGAUCAAAGUUUGGAGCAUGCCACAGAUAACUAAAGUUGCAACCCUGAAAGGUCAUACAGAACGUGCAACUGAUGUUGCCUUUUCUCCAGCUGAUGACUGCUUAGCAACGGCUUCAGCUGAUAAAACCGCAAAACUAUGGAAACCAGAUGGGUCACUUUUAAUGUCCUUUGAUGGUCACCUUGAUCGUCUUGCUCGACUUGCUUUUCAUCCAUCUGGAAUGUACCUUGGUACAGCUAGCUAUGACAAGACUUGGAGAUUAUGGGACAUCAAUACUGGAAAGGAACUGCUACUCCAAGAGGGGCACAGCAGAAACGUUUAUGGAGUUAGCUUUCACCCAGAUGGUUCUUUGGCGGCAUCUUGUGGUCUUGAUGCAUAUGCUCGAGUAUGGGAUCUAAGAUCAGGAAGAUUGUUCUUCACCCUUAGGGGGCAUGUGAAACCUGUCCUAGGAGUCAGCUUCUCCCCUAAUGGUUAUCUGGUGGCAACUGGAAGUGAAGACAAUUUCUGUCGAAUAUGGGAUUUGAGGAAGAGAGAAAUGUUAUAUUCCAUACCAGCUCAUAAGAGUCUUAUUUCACAUGUGAAAUUUGAACCCCAAGAAGGGUAUUAUUUAGCGACUUCUUCCUAUGACACCAAAGCAUCGCUGUGGUCAGCUCGGGAUUACAAACCAAUCAAAAGUUUGGCGGGCCACGAGUCAAAGGUUACUAGUCUGGAUAUUAGUGGAGAUGGACAGCAGAUUGUGACUGUGUCACAUGAUCGUACGAUAAAGAUUUGGUCAUGCAGAAGCAGCACGCAGGAUAAUGCUAUGGAAUUGGACUGAGACAUUGACGUCACUAUUGUUAGCACUGUUCUGCCCUUCUGAUAGAAAUUCUCCAUUGCUGAUCUGCCAUUCGAAUCUAUUGUUCCUGCCAUUGCACAGUGCUAUUUUGUAGCAUGUAUUAACCCUUAGCCCGAGAAAUAUGCGCUGCAACGUUACUUUUCCUUAUGCCUUGUUGUUUGUUAACUUCAAUAGAAUAUAACAGCUGUUUGUUAACUUCAAUAGAAUAUAACAGCUGAUGGUCUUCUAAAACAACACAGGACCUUCAUUUGGCAGAAACCAUGAGUGCUAGUGAACGACUUCCUUUUGUACUAUUAUACUGAGUAGAAAGUGGCAAAUAUUGAGUUUCUGCAUGGAAGUUUAGAAA